GCUAGGGGACCGUGGACAGCUCCGGUCUGAGGAACAGAGUAACGUAGGAGGAGGAGAGGGCUGGAUAUGGGGAAGCCAUCGCACAGGCCCGUACGAUUGAGGUAAAAACACUUUUUUUUUUUUAUGUACACACACCGGGGGAAAUACACAAAGACACGGAGCUGGAGAGGUCGGAGAACGGGGAAACAACCGCGGAAGUGAAGGAAAAGGGGGAAUACGGCUACUGACCCAUCCCGGCGCAUCAGGGGAGAAGCAGCGAAAGAAAGGAGGAGAAGGAGACCUAAUUCCGCUCGACCUGAUGGACUGAGAGGACAGAUGAAUGAAGACUGCCUACACUAACGCUUAUAGAUGCCUGGCCAAGGACCUGGACGCUUAUGCCAUGAACACCGACAUGACAAUGGACGGCAUUGGCAGCCUGCAUGGCGGGGUGGCGGUGAGCUCCGUGGCCCCUGAUGCGGAGCUGAUGAGCGGCCAUAGCCCGCACCACGGCCGAGGAAGCUCGUCGGUAGCGGCGGCGGCGGCGUCCACCCUGCGGAUACACCAGGACCUGGCCGCCGCCGCCGCGUCAUCCCGCUCGGCCAUGGUGUCCGGCAUGGCCACGAUACUUGACGGCAGCGGGGAGUACCGGCCGGAGCUGUCCCUGCCGCUGCACCACGCCAUGAGCGUGCCCUGCGACACGUCCUCUCCGGGGAUGGGGAUGAGCGGCACCUACACCACCUUAACCCCGCUGCAAUCGCUGCCCCCCAUCUCCACCGUGUCGGACAAGUUUCACCACCAUCACCAUCACCACCACCACCACCAGCGGCUGUCCGGGAACGUGAGCGGGAGCUUCACCCUGAUGCGGGACGAGCGGGGGCUACCGGGCAUGAACAACCUCUACAGCCCCUACCACAAGGACCACAUGUCCGGGAUGGGUCAGAGCCUGUCCCCGGUGCUGGGCAACGGCUUGGGCUCCAUACACAACACCCAGCAGGGUCUCCAUAACUACGGCACCACGACGCACGGAAGCCACGACAAGAUGCUGAAUUUCGACGCGCACCACACCGCCUCCAUGCUGGCCAGAGGGGAUCACCACCAGCACCGAGGCCUCGGUGGCCCCGCGGCCGGGAUGAUGCCGCACCUGAACGGAAUGCACCACCCGGGGCACCCGGCCGUAUCCUCGGCGGGCCACCACCCUCACCCCCACCCCCACCUCCAGUCUCCAUCCCACGGGCCAGUGUUGGCUUCCACCAGGGAAAGACCGCCCUCCUCCUCGGGGACGCAUGGGAUGAACAGCUCGGGGCAGCUGGAGGAAAUCAACACCAAGGAGGUUGCGCAGAGGAUCACAGCGGAGCUGAAGAGGUACAGCAUCCCCCAGGCCAUCUUCGCCCAGAGGGUGCUGUGCCGCUCCCAGGGGACCCUGUCGGACCUCCUGAGGAACCCCAAACCCUGGAGUAAACUAAAGUCAGGCCGGGAGACCUUCAGGAGGAUGUGGAAGUGGCUGCAGGAGCCCGAGUUUCAGAGGAUGUCGGCCCUCAGACUGGCAGGUGGAGGUACCUCCAGUUACUCAGAGCUACCAGAGCGUCAUGAUGAUCAACACAAGUCCAGUCAGAGCUCUGAGGAAAUGCCAGCGUGCAAACGGAAGGAGCAGGACACAGCGAAGGAGCGCAACAGCACGCCAAAGAAGUCACGGCUGGUCUUCACUGACCUGCAGCGGCGCACCCUGCUGGCCAUCUUCAAGGAAAACAAGCGACCAUCCAAGGAGAUGCAGCUCACCAUCUCGCAGCAGCUGGGCCUCGAACUCACCACCGUCAGCAACUUCUUCAUGAAUGCCCGCCGCCGGAGCCUGGACAAAUGGACAGAUGACGGAGCCAGCCCUGGUGGCCAAUCUUCGGCGUCCAGCACUUGUACCAAAGCAUGAUAACAGAUGGGUGGGGCGGGACGAUGGAGGGGUUGAGGGCGUGGGUCGAGGUUUCGUCCGGAUUGAAGUGAGGAGGAAAACCAAACUUUUUAAAUUUUUUUUGUUUGUCUGUUUUGCUUUUGUCGAGAGCGACAAACUGAGAGAGGGGCUGCUCACUGUGCCGACUUGUUUGUAGCCUAACCGCCUUUUGCAAAGUCAUUGUAAAUCCAUAAAGAAGCUGAAGGGUAAACUCACUUAUAAAACAUAGAAACCUCACUGGGGAAAAACUUUUGAAUCAUAGACUUUCACUUCUGAUGUCUCCUUUAGGACAACAAGCUAUCCCAAUUACCAAAGACUAGAAGACAAUGUAUGUUUUCUAUUAUGCAAUAUAAGCUAGGAACCAACCAACCAACCAAACAAGAAAACAAUGAAAACUUUAUGAAUGCAGAAUGUGCUAGAAGCAAAUCGCUGUGGAAACUUUGUGGUAUUUUGACCCUCAAAUAUCCAAAGAUGGCAAUGACGCAUCUGUUUGGGGCAGAGUUGAAGACUUUCACAUUCAGAAGUCAGGUUUCGGAGAUUGCGCAGCCAAAUUUAGCAAGCUGUCAUAGCUGAAUUGUGAUUUAAAACAAGCUGAGGGUAAAGUUGGACUGUAAAUUAAAUACAUUUUUAAUUUUUAAGACGUAUGAUGGGGUAUUUCUCGGUCAAAAGGGACCAUGGGAUGAUCGAACGUCAAAGUUCAUUCUUGACCUUGGAAAUAGUUGACAAUAUAAUCUUAGCAUUAGGCCCAUUUACUAGCUUGGACAGAGUGUGCUCAGUAUGCUCACGGGAAAAGCUAGUGGACCUUAUGUUAAGAUUAUUUCUUCAAACAUACAAUGAUUGAUUUAUCUAAAUCAGUAGGUUGAGCAUUCACUAUUUUGCUCAAGAAACUGGUCAGUUUAUAUAUCUGUUAAGUAAUGGCUGGAUGAAAACAGUCCAACAACUGUGUUAAUUUGGCUGUGCAGUCUCCGAUUUUAACCGUCAAGUUCACAAAGAGUAACAGAAAAACCAAAGUCUGAUCAGAAUUGAAGAGUUGGCUUCCAAAAUGUUCUAUAUCCAUUUUAAAAAGGAAAUAUGUACCUGAAGUUGAUCUCUGGAACAUAUAUAUAUAUGAUCCAGGAUGUAGAUGGAUUAUUAUUUUCUUAAAUAAUGACAAAACUUCAUCUUCUUUUUAAAAAAUGACAAGAUUUCUGUAAUUUUUUGGAAAAAACUCUUCAAUUUUACCAAAAAAGAGCAACAUGUAAUGAUUUGACUCUUUAAGGGGGGGGGCAGUGAAGAUUCUAAAAGUUAGGAAAUGGCAAAAUAUGCAAGCACAAAUGCACACAGAUACACAAACAUUCACCAAGGCACAUGUAGCUUUCCCCAUAAUUUGAGCCGACAUGUAGAAUUACAAGCUUUCUCAGCAUACUUAGCAUUCAGUGGAGUAUUAGUGUAUUAUAUAUAAAUAUAUACAACCUAUGUGAGCACAAUCUUGAAGCACAUUUUCUUUGCAAUAGAACCGGGGCUCUCUGCCAAGCCGAGUGGUCUUCACAUCUUAGAAAACUCAGGACGCCAUUUUUUCUAAACAGUGGCUGAAAUCCAUUCGGCGUCUGUCAUUACACAGUCUAAUGUGCAAAUGUACAAACACACACUCUGUUGCAGACAAGCAAAUACACCUGCUAUAUAGAAACACAAACACACACACACAACUUUAAAGAGUCAUUUCCCAAACGUUCCCCAGAAUUCCCACCCUGACCUGAAAUAUUGUCAGCUAAACCAAAGCUAAGCUCCAGUUUACCCUGGCUUCACCCACCCAUCAUUUGUGUUACCAUGGUAACUGACCCAUCCAAGCAGCAGUUUCCACCUAGCAUCUUAGCAUUAGCACAGUCUUUGUUCAAUUAGAACAAAGACAUUAUUAACACUACUGAAAACUGAUGUUGUUUGAUCAUGAGAGCUGUAACUGAAAUUUUUGACUAUUUGAGCCAAAUCUAUUGACCAAAAAGUGGUAAACUAAAAGGUAGAUUUGAGACAUUUAUACAUUUUUAAUGCACAAACUCAAACACGCAUCUUCCCUACAGCAACAUCUUUCUUUCAGAGACAAAACGGCAAAUCCAGCCUGGAUUUACAGAAACACAAAAGGCUUUAUCUGAGACUUCUACCUGUGAAAAAUCCCAAAAAUAAUUUAAGAAACAUGGGGAAAGUCUCUGUUAAUAUAUAAAUGAAAAUUGUUUGGACACAACAACCACAGCAUCCAGAGAAUGUCAACAAUACCUAACAAAGCAUAAAAAAAACUGAAAGUUAAACAUAAUCCAUGUUUAAUCAAGAGAGUGCUGGGCUUCAAGACCUCCUGGGCUUUCAAUAAAUCAGCAGUAGCCACAAAACACGGUCACACACAUAUUGGUUUCUUGACCCAUUUCUGCCAAAGUUUUGUGAAAUAAGCAUGGAAAGCACAAAACAAGAGGUAGUUUGACACUUAAGGCUUCGGUAUGCUUCAAACAUGUCGUCCGACUACAUUUAUACCUCUUCCAAAUGGCCACUUUCGUGCCGUCAUAGCGAGUCAUAGUCUGAAAAAUCCUACAAAUGAAAAUGGUGCACACUUUUUGGACAAUCUAUCCCCAAAGGCAUUCAUGGUUUUGGACUUGGUUAUACACACAAAAAGUAAAGGAAGUAGUUGUGUAAAGAAUGGAAAAAAGAGAGCUUGAGAGAGAAGUUCAAACCCCGCCUACUUUCACACCUCAGCACAACUGGCCAAUCACUGUGUAGAAUGUGCGUGGUUGUCGGAUUGUUUGUUUCGGAAAGUUCCCAAAAUUGUCGGACGCAGCUCUCCCUUAUUCCGAUGUAGAAAAGAGAGUAUCAUUUGAAGCAUACGGCCCUUAAGGAAGGAAAUACGAUGUUUAAAUUUUUACAGGAAAGCUGUCUAGUUUUUAGCUAAUAUGAUCAAAACCUAAAUCCUUACCUUUCCCAAAACAUAAUCUUUCAAGAUUAACAAAAUCUUCCAGUGUCCAUGUCGAGAGUUCGUGCAUGUUUCACAGAUUUUUGACUGUGUUGGUUUAUCAUUGCUGAAGAGAUUCUUGGUUUAAACUUUCUCAGAGCCUUACGAAACUAGAUUUUACCUUUUGGUGUAAAUCUAGCUGUAGAACUAAGAUGAGUUUUGCAAGUCUCCACUUUCCAUCACAGAUACCCCAAAAAACAAACCACAAACUCGUACCGCAUCCAGUAACAGACAUAACAGCAGAACCAGUGAACCGUCUGAACCCGUGGAGGACGAACUGUCCCAGCAGAUCAGGGCCUUUGUAAUAGUUAAAGAGGACAAUCUAAAGACGAUGCCUGGCAGGUCCGUCUCUUCCAGAGGGUCAGCGGGCUGGAAAACAGUUUGUGCUGCAAAAACUAAUCAUUUUAAUAGUCAUAUAUUCAGACUUCAAAUUGUGUUCAUUCAUCAAGAUGAGAACAUUUUCCUUUUUUCCACUUGUAAAAUUACCACUCAACAGUUUUUUUUUUGAGAAAAAAAUCUGAUUUUGAUGAUAAAACUCAAGGUGGAAUUUGUUUGCAGCAUAGGAGAGUUGGAUGCUUGGUAAAAAUGAUUGCAGACACACAGAUGUCUCUCUGACAGAGAGGCUCUGUCUUUGUCUCCAUACAAACUUCACGAUGCAUCCAUCCCUACCAAAUCCCAAAACACCCGUUGCUUUUAGUUUGAUACCAUCACACUGUACAGCCUUUACACAUGAUGUAAAUACUAAUGCACGCAAAAAAAACUCAACCGCCACCACCUCCUACUCUGUUUUAACAGCCUUUACCAUACCCAGUCACCUCAUCAAUCAUCUCUCAUUCAAGCUAUCAAACCAAAAAAAUAAACCAAAGGAAAGGCGUCAGUCAGCAGCCCCUGCUCCUUAGAAACCCCAGGCUGAGUCCCAGCCUGAUUAGAAGCAAGCCAAAGGCUUUAAGAACGAUUUAAAAUUAAAAAAUGGACACUUGAGACUUUUUCUAUUUAUUGACAAAUCGAAACCAAAGAAAACCUUUUUCUGCACCUAACUGUUCCAACAAAUGGAAAAAAAACUAACUGAAGAUGGAAGAGAAUUAUUACCAAAAACAAAAAACAAAAAAACAACAAAAAAGAGUGGCGGCGACGAUGUCGAGGAUGGAGGAUGACGACGACGACGAGAAGGAGGGAGGAUAGAAGGAAGGAUGACAUCAUGGGAAUGGAGAAGUAGCUUUGUUCUGCCUGAUGUUGUGUCAGGCCAUCUUUAAGGGGAAGCAAGUUGGGGACUGAAAAGGGUAAAACCACACGGGAAGGAGGGAAGGAACCUACGGAGGACGCCGUUGAACAUUUUCUUCCCUCCUACCCCCAAAAAAGGCAAAACAUUAAUGUGUCUCUCACGGUUGAAGAGUGUCUUUAACGUGUGCCUAUGCAGUUUUUCAAAGUAAAAAAAAGGUUAAAAGAACAACAGAAACCUCAUCAGCUAACAAACCAAAGAUUCACCGUUAACUCCAGUAGCAGUUCUCCUCCCCCCGAAAAGAAAAAUCUCGACUUUCGCUAAAACACCAUGUACAUACCUACAGCAUGAUGUGCAUCCAUGCUGGGAGCGAUGUGCUAUGGGUUUUUAAUAUUUUCCGCUAAUUAUUAUUCUACUACAUCUGUUGUACACAAAACUUUCUGGGUUAGCAUGUAGGCUAAUCAAGCAUGUUGGGCCUCCAAACUUUCAAGCUAGUAGCAUUUCCUUCAUCCUUCUACCCUUAUUAAAGUUGACAAACUUAGCCAGGAUGUUGAAUCACAAUUUCUUUCAGCAUGGCCAGUAUUCUGCUUGUAAGCUACUGAAUAUCUAGCUUAAUGUCCCCACAAAACACUCAUAUAGAUCUGUACAGGAUUGUGUAAGCUAAAAUGUAUAGAUCUGGUAUUUUGACUGGUCAUUCCUCCAGCAUGGUGUCAACACAGUAAUAUAUCCUUCACACCCACAAACUUUACCAUGACCACACGUUACCACAAACUUCUGAUGCUCUAAAAGAGUAAAACAUUUCAAAGUUUCUCAGAUGGCUGAUGUUGCUGUUUGUGUUUUUUUUUCCCGCCACAAGUCAUUACCUGCUCCACAGGACAAAGUCUACCUCCAACACUCUCCAGUAGUAGUAACAAAAGCUGCCAGACAACAGUACAGGGACGGUUUAUUUUUUCCACUGCUUCAUGUCCAUACGGUUUGACAUAUUUGAGCUGGAAGCAGCUUGGUGUGUCAGCAUCCAGAAAAAACAUCAACUAGCUGUUGACUAUUACUCAAAUGCUUCCAUUUUUGCUUCCACCCAGUCUGGGGAUUCAAAUAAGCCAAUUUUUCAUGUUAAGCUUGCUGUUGUCCGGCUCACUUGCUACUGCGGAGAGAGUGACAAUGUAACGCUAUGUGAAACGUACAGUACAUACCAAAGAUUUUCUGCUGUACAAACAGUAGCACACCGACACCUUUUCUUUUCUCCAUACCCAUUUAAGAGUCUAGAACAAAUCCUGGAUCUGUGAUCUAGAUCGAUCAAUUUCUUUUAUGUUAGUCACUCACAGUGUUGUUUAACUCACAGUCUCUGAGUUUUUACUUUUCAACCCAAACCCAGUAGAAACCAGCUGAACCAGACAGACUCAGGUUGUUUCGAGCAGGAUUUGGACCGUUUACCAAUUGGGACAUUAAUCAUUUAAUCUACAAAUAAAAAUGAAAUUAAACUGAAAAACAAAUGUCAUCCAUUCUGAACACUGCAGAGUUUCACAGGGGUAUUGGAUAGAAAACAGGCGUCCUCACUUCUCUCGUUUGAGAUACGCCCAAGUGCGAGACUUAAUAAUAUUAAUCUGAAACAGGAAAGUUUCAAAAUCAGAGAUGUGGUACCAGACCAAGAAAUUCAUGGCCUGGGGACAAUCCAGGGAACGAAAGUCUGCUUAGUUGAGUUUUGGCUAACCAAAAAAAAAGCACUGCUGGCUUGGGUGGAAAAGUUUAAAAAGGUGGAGAGCAAAUUUUGUUAUAGCCCGCAUUGCCAUGCUGGAGGAGGAGCUUCACAGAGAGUGAUGAUUGGACAUGCUAACUGUCCAUAGCUAACAAACCCCAUGUUAGCUUGUUCUUUAGGGGGGAGGACCUAUGCUGCUGCUCCAUAUAUAACAACAAUAAAUGAAACAAAACCAAAAAACACUACACCCGCUGAGAGAAACUGCUAAAAUAUCGGUCAAAUAGCUUUAUCCACAGUUUUCUCUCUCUCUUUCUGUAUGUAAAGCUUCUAGUCCAAAGAAAUCUUCCACCCACCUGACCAUCCAAUUCUGCUGACCACGCCCAAUGGAGGGGCAUGGUUUAUGGCGCAGGGGGUGGUAGCCAUUUUCCAUUCCCACUUGCAGUUCUGUCUGGAUGUAACACAGGCUAAACCUGCCAAACCAAAAAUAUGAGUAUGAAACCAAAAACUGUCCAAAGAGGUUUUCAUUGCUUGUUUGUUUUUAAGUACUUAAAAAUUAUUUGCCAAUACUUAUGUGUCUACUAUUACUACUAUGUUCCUACCUAGGUUUUUGCAAUAUGUGAUUUUUUUUAUUUAAUGUAAUUUAUGUUUUCUUUUUAAUUGUGAAUUAAUUUAAGCGAACAAAUUUUGUUGCCAAAUCUCCCUCUGAACCCUUUUACCCUUGAUGAUGAUUAGCUUUGCCAAAGUUUACAUUGUAUGUUCCCUUUUCUUUCUGUUCAAUGCUGUAUUUAUUUAUGAGGUGUUUUAGAACACACUAGUUUUGUACUUAAUAAUAAUUUAAUCCUAUUUAAUUAGAUGUAAUUGUUUUUUGAUGAAUAUUUAUGAGUAUUUAAGAAUGUUAGUUGCAUCAAAGAUGCAGUGCUUAUGCCAGGCCAGUUAAUUUAUUCUUAGUUAGCUUUACUUUAAAAAGCAAAUGAAAUAUUGUUUUAUGAAUGUUUAGAUUUAAUGACAGAACAAAGUAGGAAUGUCAGAUUAGACUUCUGCGUACUUCUGAAUGUCAACACUUGCUCUCACUCUUUAGCCAAUCUAGUUUUUUGUCCUGGUAAUUCUUUUUCAAAACCAAAAACAAUCUCUUUAUUACAAAUAAUAGCCUACUGAAUGAUGAGCACUGCAUUUAUUUUUCUCUUCCUCCUUGUGAUUUUUAUGGCUAAUUUAUUAGUUGUUUUGUUUUUAAUUUGUUUGCAUCCUACUGACCAUUGUUGUACAAGCAAUGAAUUUCAGACUGAUGUUCUAGUGACACUUGAUCAGGUGAAGUAAGGGCCACACGUUGAUAUAAACUGACUCACCAAAGGUAAUUGGAAUCCUUGAGAGGCCAAUAAACUGUGUGUGUUUACAUCCAUAUAGCUCAUACCCUGGUUAAGGUCUUAUUCUUACAUUUACUUUACUAAAAUUAUAUACAAUACACACAUGUUCAAAAGCAUUUUCUUGCACUUCAAUUCUUAGACCAGAUUAUUUGUUGCAUUUUAGAAUCAAACAGAUUUGAGCUACAUGUCAUGUCUCAAACACCUGCAUAACUAAAUUAAACAAUAUCAAAAAUGCUCUUAUAUAGUCUAUGGAAGGGUAAAGAGGGGUGGGUAAAUGAACUGUACUUGUAUAGCGCCUUUCCAGUCUUCCGACCACUCAAAGCGCUUCAGUUUUAAUUGUUUCAUGAUAAAGAAAAAAAGAAAAACUUUUAUUUUGUGAUCACAACCCUAAGGAGCCUCUAAGAGGACAUGAGCAAAACCUUUUUUCCCCAAGUUUUGGUGCACACCAGAAACAUUAAAGAGUAACUUAACACUUAAAUUACAUGUACAGUAACUUUAUUACACUGUCUAUUGAUCCUGGUCUCGUUUUAUAGCGUUCAUUGCAACAGAAGUUAUUUACCUUUUUCCAGAGAAAAUCCCGUAAUUCUGUCAGGGUGUGUGUCAGGAUUCGAAUGCAUUUUUUGUAUUUGUGAAGGCGCCAUGUUCAAGCUAAAAAAGGAGUGUUAAGUUGCUCUUUAAGUUUUGGUGCACAGCUAAGAUAGUUUUUCGUCUGCACCAGAUUUCUGGCGUACACUUAGGUGCUCCAUACGACCCAACACGCUGUUAAAAAUAUUUUGAUGAUCACCGAAUAAUUAUAAAAAAAUAAUUUUUACUAUUUUGUUAUCUCAACAUAAGCUGCCCAAGUGAAUAAUUAUUUCGUGGUCCUCUACAAGAUUCUGUAAAAACACUGAGCUUCAGAGGAACAACAUAAAGCACAAUGUGGUGUUUAGCGUGAUUCCAUAUCCCAGAGAAAAUCUGCAAAUUUCCAACUUUUUCAGUGAUUCUACAUGUUGGUAUAAGAGCUUAUCCAGGUUAUUGUAAACAGGAUGUGAUGUUAACACACACCACCUCUACAGUAAAAUACCUGAAUAUCGGAAUAUUGCUGUGUGUGACUGCAUGAAUGCAAACACACUGACUUGUUUCAUUCAUUAGAAAGGAAACUGAGGAGUCCCUUAAAGCUAGCUGCUUCCAAGACUGACUUUGUGUGUAUGUAAAAAGAAAAAAAAAACUUUCUACUUCAAUAGUGAGAACCAGAGAGGCUACCUCACUGACUGUCCAUUUGUCCUUUUAAUCGUGUUGAUGAAACCAAAGAAACCAAAGAUUUGUGUCCUCUUCAGUACGGUCUGCGCUCAGCUCCAUGCUUGUGCUCUCUCUUCUUAAGGAUGAUGCCACAUUUUGUCCUCCUUUCUGUUUUCUCCAUUUCUCUCCCUUCCUCCUUCUGUCUUUUCCCUCUGUCUCUUCGCCUUGCAUUGGGUCUUCUCCUCAAAAAGAAUGAAUGUGAAAGAUGCAGGUGUAGUGUGGGGUCAGGUUGUAUGUUGGAUAUCAGCAAGCAGAAAUACACAAUUUUACAUUUUAGUGUUAGAGCAGAGUAUGUUUAAUUUUAAAUUCAGUAAACUGACAAACAAAAAGGCUGCUGGAGACUAAGAAAAAGAACCCCAAACUUAGAUAAAACAUUUCCAUUGUUAGCUAGAAAGAUGAUCUGUAAAUAAUGGUAACUAAUAAUGAUCAAAUAUGGGCCCAGUGGGGUCUGCUUUGUCAAUUAUUUUCCUGACUCCUCCACAGCUGAAGAAGAAAACUUUUAAGGCCUCAGUAUGCUUCAAACGAACUAGGUAGCACAACAAAGACAAAAGUGUUCAUACCUGUUCCUAAUGGCACCACUAUGGCAAGAAAAGUCUGCUGUCAAAGAGGAUUAUACGCCCUAAUUCUUCCAUCAGAGAGAGGGUUCCAGAUGUUGUUAUACCAUCUGACAAGCACUUUGUUUGAAGCAUAAAGAGGCCUUUAGACUUCCAUAUGCAAAAGUGCUGUUUUGCACUGAAACAUAAAAGCUGCAGAUUCAUGAAGUCUCAAUGGUAGCUGAUGUUUUAUUGUCCUGACACCAGAAAAAAAGGUAGUCCUUCAAAUUGAUACUCUGAAAGUGGAGGUCUUGGAUGAGAAGAUGAAUCUCUUGGUGUUCUGUUCAGACAGCAAGCGUUCUUUGGGCUAUUUUUAUUUCCAACAACAUUCUCCCCUUUUUCUACUUCACCCUAUCUUGCUAACGGUAAUUAGAUGGCUGGCUGUUACCAACUUUGUGCUGCGUAGCAACCACAAUGCUGCAGCACUGCUCUGACUCUUCAAGCUCAAGGCUGAAGUUUUCUCUUUGAGCGGUAGGAAACCUAACAAACUACUUGUGGUCCUUAUAAUUAUCUGUGAAGUCAAACUGAAAGAGGAAACGUUAAUAUUAUUGAGUCCUACCAGACACGGCUCUCCUGUUGUUAUGAAUAACUCUCCUGCUUUCUCAAAACGAACCUAAACAUGAAGGAUCACACAUAGCCAAACCUCCAACUCCUAAAGCUCAUGGAGGCCAUUUUCUUAGGUACAGCGAUGCUUUUAGCUAAAUGCUAACAUCAGCAUGCUAACAUGCUUACAAUGCUGAUGUUUAGCAGGUAAUGGUUACCACAUUAACCAUCUUCAUUUAGCAUGCUAACAUUUGUUAUUAGCACUAAACCCAAAGUACAGCUUAGGCAUUAGUUUUUAGGUAUUUGGUCAUAAACCAAAGUAUUGAACAAACAGAAAGUUUGAGCUAAUGAUAGCACUACAUCAGUCUACUACAAAGUCAGGGGAUCACCAAAAUUAUUACAAUCUAUCCUGUGGGGACCUUGAAUAUCUGCUCCAAAUUUCAUGGCAAUACAUCCAAUAGUUUUUUUAGAUAUUUCAGUCUGGACCAAAGUGGUGGACCAAACAACCAAACGACCAACUGAUACUGAUAUCCCUAGAGCCACGGCGCAAGCGUGGCUAAAAAUCCUCCAGCAGUUGAUUUGAUUGAUGUUGAGUUGUUGGUGAACUUCUCGGUUCUGCUUUGUGGGCCCUGGACUGCCUCCAUGAGACCAAAAACACAACCCUGAGAUAGAUGACGAUACUAAAAUACUCCAUGGACCUUAUACUGACACGCAUGGCUGGAAAAGCAAAGCAUACUGAAAUCAUGCAGAAGAGAGUGAAGGGCAAGAGCUACAAGUUGGCUGAUGUUUUCACCAGCAUGGAGAAUGAAGGCUAAGGAGUCACAUCACAUGUGUACAAGCCCAUGUUUUAAAGGUUAAACAGUCACAACACUUAGAAGAAAUGUAACUGUCUAUGUAAUAAUUUGAUUCAAUUCAUAAAACUGCGUUGUUGUUUUUUUUUCCUGAAAUCAGCCAUAUGCAAGUAGGAUUAGAUGCCUGGGAUCUAUACAUCCAGCUGUGCCAUUUUGCUUCCCUUCUUACAAGCAUUUGGCUUAAAAAUCAACCAGGGAAGCUGAAUGGCAACAAAUCAGUUGGUUGUUCUGGUUAGAAUCAUAGGUUGAGUCAGUUUUCAGACUCUUGUUGUCGCACUUGUCUUUUCCGAACCGGGCUGCUUCGAAAACAAAGACGUAGAGAGUGCUUUUGUUGCAAAGUAUGAGAUAACCUUGGAUGAGUGCCUUGCAUGGACCAAAGCGAAGUCUAGACCUCUCUGUUGUGCUGUAAACUUUCUAUUCCUGUGAAAAAUAAAUACCUCAGCGCUGCCGCUAGGCUUGAGCGCCUGAGUUUCCUCUCUGCUCUCUGGUACUUUGAAAUGCACUCAACGCAAAGAAAUCCAGAGUAAAUACCAAAGGCUCCUUUUCUGUUUGACUCUUCUCUUUUACUAUCCCCUUUUUUUUUCCUUUCUUUAUUCUGAGCUGGGUUUCCAUGGUAAAGCUCUGGUUUUACAGCUCUUUGUGGCCCAGAUCUAAUCAUCUUCUCACAGCUGUCCAAAGGAGAAACCAAGUCAAAUCAGAUUUUCCUUGUGUUUAUACACAGAUCUGAGAUGAUGACACUGCAGCUACGUUGACUGAAAAGUGUAGAAUACCAGAAAUUGAGUUAAAUAUAAUUUAAAAAAAAUGUUAUGUUUGUUUAAAGCUGGUCUGAGCAGCAGAUGAGCAGGAUUCAACACAUGGAAAAAUUCAAAGAGUGAGAAAAUUUAGACUCUUUGGCUUCCGGAAACAUGGAAGGCCAAAGAGACAUAAAAACUAAAUAACACUGUAACUUUCUCACACAUUGUUUCAUGAUUUCAAGUUUUCUUGACACCACAAAAUAAAUAAUACUUUGUGAUCACAAGAAAUCACUUGAUUGUGAUUCUUAAUUGAGACAGUAAAAAAAUAUUUUAUGAUCUGAACAUAAGAAUAUUUUCUUGGGAUUGCAGCAUAGUCAUUUUGUGAUCAAAGGAAUUCAAAUCUUAUUAUGUUGACUCCGUGAUGAUUACAUGAUGCUGCCAAGCAAUCUUCUUGAGAUCAUGAAAUUCAUUAUAACAAGAAACCAAAGCCUGUUCUUCUGAGAUCUUAACAACAAACAAUUUUGUGAUCUCGGGCGUACCACAGUAUCAUCUUUACCUACACGACCAUUUAAACAAACACUAAGUAUUUAAUACAAAUUGAUAUUUGAACCCAGCUUUGGUGGAAAUGCAGCUUGUUCUUUUCACCGUCCUCCUUCUCUUUCUUCAAAUGGUUGCAAAGCUUUAAAUGAUGAAAAAACAUGGAGACAAACUUGGGAGAGUUGUGCGCAGACCGUGCUCUCUUUACCAAACUGUUGCAGAUAUACCUCAUAGACACUAGUGUUAGGAUGAUGUUAUAAUAGCGUAUGUCAUAAAUUAUUCACUUGCUCUUCUUCCUUCUUUUUUUUUUUGGUAACUGUAACUUUAAAAUGAAACAAAUGUGGGGAGAAAACCUUUACACAUUUUUAAGUUGUGAUUUUUUUGUAAUAGUUAAAAAGGUGCGCUAAAACCAAAAAUGAAAAAUGCUUGUCUUCUUCUAUGCUCUCUUUCUUGUUGAUGUAUUGCAGUUUUCUCUCUGUUCCAUCUGCCGAGGAUUGAGGGAUUUUUAAUUUAAAGUCUUAUUUUAAUUUUGGGUCUCUGGUUCUUUUGAAGGGGUCAUCGUCCCCUCGUAGAUAUUUUUGGGAUUGGAAACAUUGUUGGAAUGAUGCCAGAAUUGACUUGUUUCAGCCCAGAAUAAUACCGGCUUCUUUGAUCCAUUGAUUUCGUUUUAAAUCCAGCCAUGUUUUAUUUUAUUUUUUUGCAUCAUUUUUUUACCUCUUGUUUUGGUGUCCUUCCUUUCCUGUUAUAUGCUAGCAUUACCGUGACAUUAUCCAUACAGCAGUGCUAUAGGCCAGAUUUUAUGCAUGAGUAUAUUUACAAUUAGCUAGCCGUGUAAUGCAUUGUGAUUCUUAUUAUUAACCUUAUCAUUGUCAUCCUCUCAUUUCAUUUCCAAUACCGUAUGCUAUACACACAGAACUUUGCGUUUUAUCUAGCAUUAGUAUGACCUUUGACCUGCUGAUAUAAAACUUGCAAACUUGUUUCCAUUUAAAUCAGUUUCAGAGGGUGAAGCAUCAGUGUCUACACUGAGAAGGUAUCCUAAGGGCUUCCAUGAGCUACACAGGUCAAUUUGUCAAUUUGGCUAAUUUGGACAACUGCCGUUCCUGUGAUAGUGACAGUUAAAUGCAACGUGAUGCAUGGGAUAUAGAAACGGUUUUGACUGAAUUCAAAGUGAGAAAGGAAAAGAUCGUUAGCCAACGACAAACAGUGACUACAGGAGCUCUUCGGCCACAGCCUGGCUCUGCUCUGAUAUACUAAAAUGUAUUUUAGGGUAAAUUUUGAGGGAUUUUUAUUCAUUUAUGUUCAUAUAUCUAAUGUUUUCCAGUGGCUUAGCAAAACAUUAUCAAUUGAUUUUAAACUAACUGUCCAAUUAAAAAAAUACACUAAGCCCUACACUCGGGGAACCCUUAGGUGAAUGAGAGGGUAAAUGUUUCCAGGUAGAAUUUAGUUUUAAUUGGACAGAUAAAUUAUACUCUCUGGGUUUAAUCAUGCAGCAGUCGGCAAUCAAACAACACAAGAGUGAGAGAACAAAUGGGCCAAUGAACAAAAUGAAAGUAAAGGCAAAAAACAAAACAAACAGUUUUUCUCAUCUGGAUUUAAGUUACUUCAGGAAUAUCAAAUGGUAAAUAUGAACUAAAGUUUAAGAUCAAUGCGCUUGACCAAAAUAAAUCCCUCAGUGUUUUGUGUCUGUAUUAAAGUUCAUGCAGUGUUAAAGGAAAACCAAAGUACAUUUUAGAGCACUUCCAGUCCUACUUGCCUUCCAUAACAUCUGAAUUUGGAAAAUAGAAAACCUUGUUGUUUUUGAGUGGAAUAUAUUUUGAAAAUGUAAAAAUGGGCUUACAAAUUGCAUAGUUUUGUAGUUCUUUUGUAGGUUUUCUCUUUUUGGAUGGUAAAGUUUAGAUGCUGAAAUCUGAAGAUUUUCAGAUGGAUUUUAGCACAAAGAUUAAUGCGCUAAAUGCUGAAAAAUUGCUUGCUGUAAACUGAUGCUGAUAAGCUUUUGGACAACCCACUCACAGUUGAAGCAGACAUUUUCUAAAAUUGCUAACGUGUAAGUUCUUUUAUACACCAUUUAAAGAGCUUCCUGUUAUCACAUUUUUUCAGCUUAAUGUCAAAAAGUUAAAGCAUCCACAGGGCUGUAAUUGAAAUAUAUCUGAUGGCAUCGUUCAUGCCUAAACAUGCUUUUGGCCAUAAGAGGAUAUUUUUUUAAUCUUGUACACACAAGUUAUUAACUUCCACUAUCAAUAUCCUCUUUCAGGACUUCAGGGGCUAAACAAAUCAGAUUAAAUCAACAAAUAUAUAUAUUUAACUGCAUUUCCCAUAUAGACAGAGUUACAGUUAGAACAAAACAAAAAAAGGUUUUGAUUACAUCAGCGACAACAGUGAGGGGUCAAAGGUCAAAGUGGCAGAUCCAUGACAUCAGUUUUUGAACAAUUUCACUAUCAGUCCACUUUUUAAGUUACUGUGGGCAUCUAAAGGCAUCACAAGAGGCUACUCCUGAGCUAAACAUGUGAACUGUAUUGGAUUAGUCCUAGUUUCCUCCUCAAACAUUAAGUUUGACUAAAUUAUCCAAUCACAUGCUCUCCCACCAAAACUUCCCCUAACCCAAAACAGUAUUUCAUUCCUUUCUGUUUACUGACCAUUUUUCUCUUUUCUUUUUUCUUUUUUUUACCAUUUUCUUUCAUGUCAUACAGUGAUCAAAACUCAAGUGAUGCAUUUUUAUUUUCUGUAUUUGUCUGGAACAGAAAAAGAGAAGUGACUGAAAACUUGUGGUGUGGAAUAAAACGAUGAUCAAACAUGAAGGAGAUAUUUGGAGAAUUAAUGUUGUUCCACUCUAUGUACAAAAAAGAAAAAAAUCAAUAAAGAAAUCACAAUGGUCUUAUCCAUGUA